GCACAACGUAUUCUCGAUGAAUCAAGGGUUCUUCAUAAUCAGCAAAAGUUUCUUGAUAACUUCAAAGAAAAGUUAAUUCCUCUUAAAAAAUUAGUUGAUGAUAUUUUGCACCAUGAGAGAAGGCGUACAUUACCACAAACGUGGAAGGACAAUAAUAUAAAUACCUAA